GCAACUUUGAAAAACAUCCGGUUAUAGAGGGGGAGGCAAGAGUGCCUUGUAGAUUUAAGCUGUAUACCGGUAACGCUUAAGUGGUGUUAAAAAGACCGUGCUUGUUGUAAUUAUCAACAAUAACAAUCUGAUAAGGAACAAACUGGAUUACAGAAAAUACAUUUGUUGACAGACCGGCGAAAGCGUGGCUUUGGUUACUUUCUUCAGAUUCGCAACAGGAAGCAGUCUGAUACACAGAAACGUGGUGGCCAAUGAAUGAUUACGAAAUCAUUAACUGAGCAAAGCCGGGCUCGUGCAUGUGGUUUACGAUUUAUUUAGUUUUUUUUUUUUUUUUUUUUAGGUUUGUUUUUAAAGGCCUGGUGUUCUUAUUUGCCUCGGUAAUUACUGGAUGAUUUGCCCGAAGAAGGUCGCUGUGUCCUGGAGGACACAUUCCCCGUCAGCUGUGUGUUUUUUUUUUUUUUUUAAAUGCGCAAGUUGUCAGAACAUCACUGUAUAAGAAUUAUACAGUUGUACUAAAUUACCGUCUUUAAGUGGUCAUUUUUGCAUAGUUACAUAAUGGAGGGUUCUUUUAGAAUAAUAAGGACCCUCUAUGGGACAUUGGAGAAUAAAGCCGGCAGUUUCGCUGCACUACAGUUUUCACGUUGUGUGAAAUGUGGAGAUGUUCCUGGUUUUUCGUACUACCCCUUCAAUAAAGCAAGAACUUUAACUUCACAACCUAUGAGGGUGGGAAGCCAUUGCCAAACACUGCUACAGGUGGAUUCAAGUAAUCGCCGAAUUUUUUGUCAACGGAUAGUGACGGAUACUUCACAGACUUCUCUAGCCAGUGUGGUUCCAGUAUUUGCUGUGAUGAAAUUUGACAAAGAGGGGAAUGUGACCUCAUUUGAGCGAAAGAAGACUGAAUUGUACCAAGAACUGAGCCUCCAAGCUCGGGAUUUACGAUUCCAGCAUUUAACAAGUAUAACCACCAGAAAUAAUAAGAUCAUUCUGAGGAUGGAGUUUCUAAAGGCUGUUAUUUCCCCGGAUUACCUUUUGAUCCUGGAUUAUCGAAACCUGAACCUGGAGCGCUGGCUCUUCAGAGACCUGGCUUCCCAGAUUGCUGGAGAUGGGCAGCUUGUCACUUAUUCCUUACCGUUUGAGUUUAGAGCCAUAGAAGCUAUACUUCAACACAGGAUCGAUACCCUUCAAGCUCGGCUACAGGAGCUACAGCCACAGAUACUUGAAACCCUGGAAUCACUUGUGGAUCCCAAAAUGUUAUCAGUUGAUAGGAGCAAACUGCAUGUUUUACUACAGAACAGUAAGAACCUAUCUGAGCUGGAGACUGAUAUCAAAGUGUUUAAGGAGUCCCUGUUGGAGAUUCUGGAUGAAGAGGAGUUAAUAGAAGAACUGUGUCUCACAAAGUGGACUGAUCCUCAAGUUUUUGAGGAGAGCAGCUUGGGAGUAGACCAAGCAGAGGAAAUGGAGCUGCUUCUGGAGAAUUAUUACAGACAGGCCGAGGAUCUAGCAAAUACAGCCCGAGAACUGAAAGGGCUGAUCGAUGACUCUGAAAGUGUCAUCUUUAUUAAUCUGGACAGCCACCGCAAUGUUAUGAUGAGACUUAAUCUUCAGCUGACAAUGGGAACCUUUUCCAUUUCCCUGUUUGGACUGAUGGGAGUUGCAUUUGGUAUGAAUCUGGAGUCCUCCUUUGAAGAGGAUCCAAAGGUCUUCUGGCUGGUCACAGGAUUAAUGUUUUUAGGAAGUGGGCUUAUCUGGAGACGCCUUCUUUCCUUCUUAGGACGACACCUUGAGCCUGCCUCCCCACCCCCGAUGCCUCCCAUAUGGAAGAAGGGUCACCUAAGCAGCUUGAGAGAAUCGGACACAAAAACUGGACUGAGAACAGAAUAUUUUCCUUCCAGCAAGAAUCCUCUUGUGAAUCACAAAUAGUAACUUAGUACACGAUGAUCCUAUUCUGAGAACAUCCAUUGUUACUCGGUAUUGGUGAAUUUUAAGUGUAGUGUCUUUCCUGUGUUGGCAAAGCAAAAAUGUGCUGAGAGUAGUUGUAAUUAUUACAAUAAUCAGAGUGAACAGCUUGUUUGCUAUUGUUACAAAAUUCAAAUCAAUGCUGUUUUUUAUUUUAUUUUAUUUUAAUCAUGACACCAAUUUACAGGUCAGCAGAAAGUGCAUAGAAUGUAUUUUCACACUGCAACCAAUUUAAAGCACACUAACAGGAGUUGUAGACUCUGCUAAAACAAUUCAACUUUAAUUUGCCCACAGCUAAAUGGAUUAAAAGUGUUCCUCCACCAAAACUGCCUUUUUUGAUGUAAAGUAUAUUUUCAUAGGAGUUAUAAAUUGUGGCCACCAGAUACUUUUUUAUUUAAACACAGUAUUUACGGUGUUCUGCUACAGUUAUUUCAAAUGGUGACAUUUUAUUAUUUUAUUGUUAGGUCUUUCACAUGUGUUCUCCCAUGUUUUUAUACAGUACGUCAAACUGAGUAAAUUUCAAUUAGGUACCCUCA